AUGAAGAAAACCCAGCAAGGACCCAACCAGUCUGUUGUCAGUUGUCAGGCAGGCAAAAAAUGGGUAGAACAGGAUCCCGUAUACAAGAACAGUAAACUGGUGACUGCAGGUAACAACUUUGGUGAUAGUCCUUCGUGGUUUUUAGAGGAAAUUUUCAUUCGGGACUUACAAUCCAAUCAGUCUUGGAAAUUUAUGGUCAGUCAGUGGUUUGCUCUUGAGCGCAGAGACGGGCGUAUCGAGCGAAUGUUUCAAGCAACGGUAUCUCAAAUGGACUUUGCCAGUGAGGUUGCAAAACGCUGGCGGAGAGGGCUUACGGAGCUACAUAUCUGGGUGUCAGUUGCUGCCAAACCAAAGAGAAGUCACUUUUCAAGAGUACAGCGGGUUUCUUGCUGCCUUUCAGUGCUUUUGACAUCCAUGUUUGCAAACGCGAUGUUUUAUGAGCUCCAAGGCAAAUAUGAACAACCUAUUCAAGUUGGACCGCUGAAAUUCUCGUGGAGACAAGUAGUUACUGGUAUUGAAAGUGCGCUCAUUGUGGCACCAAUAAACAUACUAAUAGUGCUUUUAUUUAAAAAAGCAUCCAAAAAGUCCUCGAGUAACAACAGUCCUUGCUAUAAAGCUAAUUUAAUCAAAGGUAUCGCCUGGUUCUUGUUUUUCGGUUCUUGUGCUAUUUCUGCUACGUUUACAAUCUUCUAUAGCCUGAUUUGGGAAAAGAGUGUCAGUGAGCAGUGGCUGUCCUCAAUGCUUAUCUCCUUUGCUCAAGAUGUCACAAUCAUGGAACCAGUUAAAGUGUUUUUUACAGCUGUAGUUUUGGCGGCCAUUAUCAAGAUGAAGGCGAAGAGAUCAACGGUACCUGCAUGUGAAGACUCUAAUCAAGUUGAAAGCGGCUGCUCAAAACAAAGGCUGUGGACGUUGAAAUUAGCGGAAGUAGAAAAGAUGAGGAAACGCCAGGCCAAGAAACAGAACCUGUCACGUUACUUCACAGAGCUGGGUAUCUACUUGGUUUUCGUUUUCUUGUUAAUGGUAGUGUGCUAUGGAAACAGAAAUGACCAUCGCUACUUAAUGACCAGAUCAAUCCGAGAUGGACUGCCCAAUUUUAACAAUAUGGCAGAUGACAGGAAGUACUGGAGCUGGCUGCGGAAAGUUUUCAUUCCUGGAGUGUUUUCCGGUAGAUGGUACAACGGUCAGGAAGAGAAAAAAACAAUGUACAUUGGUAAUAAACGCUCUCUUCUCGUCGGGAUGGCUCGAUUAAGGCAACUGAGAGUGAAAUCGACACCAUGCAACGUGUUAAAAUACAUGAAGACAACUUUCCAGGAAUGUUACGAAGGAUAUUCGGAAACAAACGAAGACAAGACCGCUUUCUAUGAACCGGGCUGGAGGUUUGUCGACAACUCUACAAGAGACGCAGAUUUAUUUCGACUUUGCCCGAAGCCAUGGCGAUAUCAAAAUGCGGAAGAAAGUGAUAGCGGGUCAGAGUGGGGACAGUUCUCAUUUUAUCGUGGAGGAGGAUUUGUAGCAGACCUCGGGUACAAGAACCAUACGGGGUUCAAAGCCGUAACCACUUUGCAAAACAACGGUUGGCUUGACAGGCAAACCCGGGCGGUUCUGGCACAGUUUUCCGUGUUUAACCCGUCGGUGAAUAUUUUAGGUGUUGCCACAUACUUUUACGAAGUUGAGGCAUCAGGACUCAAAGAAGCUUUGGUACAAACUGACAUUCUUUCUCUUGAUCCUACAAACACAGCUUCAUAUCAGUUCUAUUUGAUUUGCAUUUUACUAUACGCUGUAUCCGUUCUGCUGUUUUUGGGAAGAGAAUGCUUCAAGCUUUACAAUCACCGUUCCCGGUAUUUCCAGUCCGUGUGGAAUUGGGUGGAGAUGUCCCAGGUUGUUUUCUCCGUGUUGGCCGUGGUUUUGUACAUAAAACGACAAAUCAUAGUCUCUUCAACAUGGGCAAGGUUAAAAGAAAACAGUUAUGCAAAUAUAAGUUUCAAAAAGGCUAUCAUUUGGCAUGAAGCAGAAAAUGUUGUACUUGGAAUCCUGAUGUUUAUCGUCACUGCAAAACUCUUGCGAGUCAUUCGCUUCAAUAAACAUGUUGCUGUAUUCUCCAAAGCAUUGACGAUAUCUGCACAAUCUCUUUCAUCCUUUAGCAUUGUCCUAUUGAUUCUUUUCGUGGCAUUUCUUCACGCCGGUGUAUUGAUGUUUGGUACUGGAUCUGAGCGCUACUCCUCUGUGCUAAAAGCAGCUUAUUUCCAACUCGAACUGACUCUUGGAAGAGUGAAAGCCAGACCAAUCAGUGAAUUAGCAGAGGUAAACAGCACAUACGCUAAGAUAUUCGUCUUUGCUAUUCUUUUCACCCUAACAAUUAUCUGCAUGAACUUUUUUAUCGGCGUAAUAAACGAUGCACUUCUGGAUGCAAAGGUUACCGCGAACGAAAGUGAGUUGCACGAGCUCGUUGAUGAGGUUCGUUGCAAAGGCUCAAAAGAACGGAACACAUUUUUCGAUACUGUCAGCAGUAGACUGAGACAACUGAAAGUCUCCCAAGCAUCAAACACGGAAGAGAAAAAAGCAGUAGAUAGAAGCAUUACCCUUGAUUCCACGAAGAGUUCAAAAAUCAACUUUGAUCAAAUCAGUGAGGCCAUCAAAGCUUUGAGGGGAAAAACAGGCCAAGAACCAGGAGAGAAACAGCCGAAAUACUCAAGAGGAAAAUCAUUUUUCGAUGGAAUUAGCAAAUUCUUGAAAACACUGGGAAGAAUGAGCCAUGACGAACACUGCAAAGGUAAAAAAAGGAAGAAAGUUCGAUUUCAAGAGGAUGUCGCUAACUCUCAUCUUCGGAAAUUAGAGAAAAGAGGGUAUGAAUUGUUUCAGCGGCUUGAUAGGGUUAUGGCGGAAUUCUCAAAAGAGGACGAAGAAUAUCAUUAUCUAAUGGAAACAAUGCGAGCCUGUGACUUCUAAACAGAGAGGAAAUAGUUAAAUGGUGAAAGGAAUAGAUCAUAUACUCGAGAAUUAGACUGAAAGAUCGGGACUGUAGUGUACAUUACCCCGUGAUCACUGGCAAAUGGCUGAAAUGCUUCGCACGUAUACGUAUUAAAUGUGUUCUUUUCUUUAUAAUUGAAUUUCACGCUUAAAAUAAAGAAAAACUUGAUAAAGGAUGGUAACAUAGAGGUGGCGACAAAAAUGUAGAGGCGAUCAAGUAGAAAGAAUUUUUGGCCACUUUCCUUCAGAGUGUAUUAUGUUUGU